UCAACCGGAAAUAUGCAUCGAAAUCGAUUUUGACAUUUAUUAAAUCAUGACAACAAACUGAAGAAGGAAGUUAACUUACUCAAUGAACCUCUAAAAUUAUCAUGAGAUUCCUUAUCGCAUCGUUGUUAUAUUUAUCAGUCGUGUCAGCGGUGGAAGAUGAAGCCUGCACAGACUGGAGACAGAUGGUGGAGGGUCUGAAUGCCUACUCCAGGUCAUCUUCCUCCUCAUCUGGAAUGGAGCUCCACUGUACAUACCACCCAGAGAAAUGUGAACAGGCGGACUGUGUGGGGAAGAUGAACGUCCCCUUAGUGGGGGCGUUAGAGUUCUGUUGGAGGUUGGUGCUGAACCACUGUGAUAACCCAUUGAGUAUGGACAUCAGCAUCGCCACCAACAAGUACAACAUCCACUUUGACCAGCGAGUCUUACACGACCAACGCUAUGAAUUGCCUGUGGGGAAUUUAAGUAAUUAUUUGCCUAAGUUGCCUGGUACUUCUCAGAAGGAGUUCCUGAGUAUAACCUUAGAGAAAGUCAAUGCCACAGCAGUCAGGAUAGGGGCUAAGCUCUCUACUGAGUUGUGCUACAGUACCUUUGGAUGUACUGUCACAGCCAACAUUCCCGUCUUGUCCAAAACGGUGGUCCGGGUCUCAAAAUGUACCAAAGUCACCCAAACUCCGACCCCCACCAGCAACUGUUUCAAUAGGAAUGGCAGCAGUUCUGGGGGGAAAAGUAAUACUACAAUUGAUGGGGGCGGUAUUAAAUGGAGCGAUUUGUUUACCACUACGAAGAUGCCACCGCACAGCACUGUGAAGUCACCAACCUACGGCAAAAACUGCUCCAUUUCACUGUUAGUGGAUCAGUGUGGAGAAACCGAGAUCUGUAAGAUGGGAUCGUGUGAGUGCUUCACCCCAUUGUACCCUAUGUGUAUGUACACUGGACUUUGUGAGACUGAAGAACAGUGUGAGAAACACAUUAUUCCAGAUUUUAUUAAGAAAAGCAGCCAAGUAGCUCCUCAAGACAAUGGCUCCAGUUCAGGUCCCACCAACAAGACGGCUUUGAUCGUUGGCUCAACUUUGGGAGGAAUUGUGUUGAUUGCAAUCAUCGCCGGAAUUAUUCUGGUUCUGAUGAAACGUGGCGGAUCUCGUUAUCGAGCGCAUCAGCUGCUUCUGACAGAAGAUGACACAGACAACAUCAUCUAGAUGUAACCUCAAAUCUGAUUGGUUGAUUACCAGUGACACAGACAAAAUUUUCUUGAUGUCAUCACUAAUCUGAUCGGACGAUUUGCAGUGACAUGACAACAACAUUUGGAUGUCUCCACAAAUCUGAUUGGAUGAUUAUCAAUCAGCUCAUAUCACAUUUCUACCAGACAUUUUCUACUCUUCAGUCAUUGAAUGAUUUUUUCUUUGGAAGUGAAAGUGAUGCUAAUAUAAUGGUUGUGUUUAAAUAAUUUACCAUAAUGAGAUUUUCAUUAAUUAUCAAGAAUUUUUUUAUGUUUUUUGGUUCAAAACAUAGCAAAAACAUCUCAAAAGUAUGCAGUGUCUGAUAAAGCACUGUUAAUUAUCAUUUUUUAAAGGCAUUGUGGUAGAUGUAUUCAUUUAUUAACUAAGUUUUUGUUUAUAAAACUUGCUUCUACAAGGAAAUGCAAGCAGAAUUUUUUUUAGCUGUAUAAAUUCUUAGUGUGUCCCUGUUUUUUAUUUAAAUUUUGGAGAAAAGAAAUUUCAUAAAGAAAAAAAAAAUGUUUAUUAUCCUUUACUUUCAUCAUCAUCAUCAUCAUCAUCAUCAUCAUCAUCAUCAUCAACAAACACUAGUAUUUUGAUCACUCCUACCUGAUCAAUUAUUGUGUUAAUACUCUAUACUAAACAAUCAUUGCUUUAGCGAUGUCUGGUCUGGUACCAUUCUCUUGCUAUUGUAUGACACUAUUUGGUUUUAUUUGAUACCUUUAGACAAGUUAGAUUGUUGGUGAACUAUAUUGAUCCACAAUUUGAGCGAAUUUGUUUGAUAGGUUCAGGUUUUAAGGGUUGUAUUAAUAAAAAAUGAUGAAGUGAAUAUUUUCAACACGAUAACAUCCAUUUUUUUCUUUUUAAUUUUUUUGAAUCUUCAAUCUAGUGGUCUGCCCCAUGCCUCAAAGUGCUUCAAUCUUCCAUCUUUCAUUUAUCUAUCAUUCCACCUGCAAUCUUCAAAGGUUAAAACCCAAUACAUUUGGUUUGAACAUAUUUUAUUGUUUCAUUAUUCUGCCAUAUACAAAUGGUUCAAAUAAAAGCUCUUACAACGUACUGAUACUGGGUUCUUAACAUAAUCAAUCUACAUGUACAUUCAAGCCAUAUCAUCCAUUGUUUAAUUUUUUUUCGAAGAUCUGGUGUUACUGCAAGCUUUGUUUUUUUUUAACUCACUGAGUUAUUUAUUCUAUUUAGUUGUCAGCUUACUUCAUAACCUCAAUUCAUAUAUAGUUAAUAUCAUAAUCAAACACAUAUCAAGUUCAUAAUUGUUCUUUGCUGUGUGCAAUGAUAGUAUGUACAAGUGAUUUAAUCCAUAAUCAUAAUUUAUUCAUUCACUUCUCUCUCCAUCCAUCAGUUAUAUCUUUAUCCAAUUUUGACUGGAAUAAAACAUGAUGCAACCAUAAGUGAACAACACACAACACUGCUCAUUUCCUAAAUGGUGUUUGGUGUGUGUUUAUUCAACAUGUAUAUAUUAUUCUUAAUAUCAAUAUAGAUCUGAAUAUUACUAUAGAUUCCUUAUUAAACACAAGGAAUUGACUUUCAUGUAAAGUCGUAAGAUGCACCCAUAUUUAUUUAAAAUUUUAUUAUUAUUUUUUAAUAUUUAAAAACCACAUAUGAAAUCAUUUUUUGAAAAUUUGGAGUUCACUAUUUUAUUUCAUACAAUUUGGCAGGAUUGCGGAUAAAGUACUCAUGUAAAAUAAGGAAUCUAAAGUAAAUUAUAAUCUUAUUAUUAAUAACGAUCAGAAUAUUAUAGCUUGCAUUGCCACUAUAUGCUUAUAAUUAUGAUAAAUUAAUUAAUGAUAAAACUCUACGGCAUUUUUGUUGUGCGGUUGUUGGAGCUGAAGAAUUUAUGCUUACUGAGUGUAAUCCUUUCUGAUAUGCAUUGUAUGAAAGGUACAAUAUUUAGAUGCUACAAAUUUUACCAUUUUUGACUUAUUUUUUUCUCUUUUUGUUUUAUGUUUUGUAUGUGAUUUGGUCUUUUUUCUUGUUGUAUGCAAAUUUUGGUUACUUCUUUAAAUGUUCAGAUAUUGUUGCAUAAUAUUUUUAUAAUGUUCUGAGAUUUGUCUUGGAGUCGGAUACAUGUCGCUAUGAUUUAAGAUAGUAUGGGAAGGAGGGAUUCAUUUACAUUAUACUUAUGUAUCAUUUUGUCUUAUAUUUUGCAUACUGUAAUUUUUUGGAAACUUUAUAACUCUACCUUAUGAUAACUUUGAUUACCAAAAAUUAUAAAACUUUAAGUCUUGCAGUUAAAACAUUUUGACAUAUACAGUAUAACAAAUCUAUUGAAGAAUAUUUGAAUGUUGAUUCAGAAACUUGAUCAUGGUCAAUUUUGGUGAAAAAAAAUCGACUAAAAAUUAAAUAGCAAAAGAGUUGCAGAAUUUGGAGGCUGACCGAUAAUUGUUUGUAAUAAGAUUUCUAAAAGAAUCAUCAGUUUUUUAACCUCUAGCUGAAUGAACUUUAAUUUUUUGCCAUCUUUAAACAUGUUUGUCUAUAAUGUGUUUUUUUUAUGUUGAAAUGUGCUUGCAACAGUUGUAAAUUUUGCCUUUUUGUGAUAGCUUUCUUAUAAAGAUGUAAAUAUACCUAAUGAUACCAAUUUGCCUCUUUCGAAUUUAUAGAAGGUAUUUGUGUUAGAUUAUUUGUCUUUUGUUUUUCAUUUUUUUGCUUCAAAUGAAAAAGAUUUUUAUUUGAAUAUGUUUGAUAUUGAAUGUAAAAAUUGCAUAUUUAUUUUAACUUGUAUGCUUCCUAUAUAUGGACAUUAAGUAUCUUUACUAUUCUCAUUCCUUUGAAAAAAAAAUCUUUAUAUAACGAUAUAAAUGCUUCUGUCGAGCAAUAUAUUAAAGGAAUAACACAGGGUUCGUUAUAAGCAGGUUCCCAUUUAUCUGUAUCCAUUGUAAUCAGGUUUCACUGUAAUUAUAGGAUUUACCUUGCAUUGUGGUACAUCUAUUAUUACAAUAUCUAAUAUUUAAUGCUUUGGUCGAAAAAUGUUGUAAACUCUGUGAAAAAAGGAUGCUUUUUAUAUAUACCAACAUUUGUAUAAAUUUUCUGUUAUUAUUUUUUUUAUAACAAAGGGCUGACUUACUCCUCUAAUAGAUUUGAAUUUAAAACAAGUUACAUUUUAAAAAAAAGAUAAUUUGAAGGUAAUAAUCUAAACCCAGAAAUACAUAUAACAGAUAAUUACCAAUUUUUAUUUGAUUUGUCAAUGAUUUUUUCACUAAGUUUUUUCCCCCAACGUUUACAAAGCAUCAUUUAUUGAAAAUGAAGUAAAAGAUGUGAAUAACAAAUUUAUCUGGAUUGCUUCCCUUUUAAUUAGAGCUUAUUCAGUGUGUUUAAACAAUGCUUCUCAAUUUAGUAAAAUUAAUUUUUCUGUUAUCAAAUCUAAAACUUUCUCUGUUGGGCAUGUUUAAAAACAAACAAAUACAUGUUUUUGAUGUCAGUUUAGACUGACUCUGUUUUUCUUAAACCAUUAAUGACUAUCUUUUGAAAAAAAAAAUGCUUUAUUGUAAUAUGUUUUGUUACAUUCCUGUGUUAAUAAACUUAUUUUUGAACUUCAAA